UCACACCGGAUGACGGCAUUACUUUUUCCCAGAUGUACAUGAACGCACCAUGCAUGUGUGCUCACUCCGCCGUGAAUACUAGCUCGCUGGUAUCACACGAAAUUACAUCGGUGCGUCAUUAAUCAUCACAGCAAGAUGGCAGAGACAGACGUUGAUAAUGAACUUCUCGACUAUGAGGAAGACGAAGAACCUCAAGGAGCCCCCGAGAGUGGGACCUCAACCAACAAGAAAGAUGUGAAGGGGUCCUACGUAUCUAUCCACAGCUCUGGCUUCAGAGACUUCCUCCUGAAGCCUGAACUGCUCCGUGCCAUAGUAGACUGUGGUUUUGAACAUCCAUCAGAAGUUCAGCAUGAGUGUAUUCCCCAAGCUAUCCUGGGCAUGGACAUCCUGUGUCAGGCCAAGUCUGGUAUGGGAAAGACAGCCGUGUUUGUACUGGCCACCCUGCAGCAGAUAGAGCCUGUGGACGGUCAGGUGUCUGUGCUUGUGAUGUGCCACACGCGAGAGUUGGCCUUCCAGAUCAGCAAAGAGUACGAGCGUUUUUCCAAGUACAUGCCCACAGUCAAGGUGUCCGUGUUCUUCGGCGGCAUGGCUAUCAAGAAGGACGAGGAAGUCCUGAAGAAGAACUGCCCUCACAUUGUUGUUGGGACUCCAGGACGUACCCUGGCCCUCAUCCGUAACAAGACCCUCAAUGUGAAGAACAUCAAACACUUUGUGCUGGAUGAGUGUGAUAAGAUGCUGGAGCAGCUAGACAUGAGGGGUGAUGUCCAGGAAAUCUUCAAGGUGACACCCCAUGAGAAACAGGUGAUGAUGUUCAGUGCAACGCUAAGCAAAGACAUCCGCCCCGUCUGCCGCAAGUUCAUGCAGGAUCCCAUGGAAGUGUUUGUAGAUGAUGAGACCAAGCUGACCCUUCACGGCCUGCAGCAGUAUUACAGCAAGUUGAAGGACAGUGAGAAGAACCGAAAGCUCUUUGAUCUGCUCGAUGUGCUCGAGUUCAACCAGGUGGUGAUUUUUGUGAAGUCAGUGCAGCGCUGCGUGGCUCUGUCCCAGCUGCUGGUGGAGCAGAACUUUCCUGCCAUCGCCAUCCACAGGGGAAUGGCCCAGGAGGAGCGGUUAUCUCGCUACCAGCAGUUUAAAGACUUUCAGCGGCGAAUCCUGGUUGCAACCAACCUGUUUGGCCGAGGAAUGGACAUUGAGCGAGUCAACAUCGUCUUCAACUACGACAUGCCAGAGGAUUCUGACACAUACCUCCACAGAGUGGCCCGUGCUGGCAGGUUUGGGACCAAAGGCCUGGCUAUUACCUUUGUAUCAGAUGAGACCGACGCCAAGACCUUGAAUGAGGUCCAAGACCGCUUCGAGGUCAAUGUGGCAGAGCUACCAGAUGAGAUUGAUAUCUCCUCCUACAUUGAACAGUCCAGAUGAGCCUGAAGUUUCUCUCCAAGGAAGAUUGUGUUUGACCCUCUGUGUUGCUGUAUUUCAGUGGAAGAAAAAAACCUUCAACAUUUACAUUAAAGUACUCCCCCAUCCAUUAA